AUGGCAUUCCAUACGGUGGGAAACUACACAUUUCAGUGGACAGACCUUCAUUUGCCUCGAGAAAAGACCGAUCCCCUGCGCCACGAGUACGACACACUGGGACACGAUGCCGUUAAGAAGCUGCAGCAGAUUGCGAGGGAGUUGAAGGGAGAUGCAGCAGUCAAGCCCACGCUUUGUCCCGGUGGCUUCGACAUGUAUGCCGUUCUCCGGGAUCAUCACACCGAAGACGAGACAUUGGAUAGGCUCUGGAGAGAGCUUCAUACGGUGCCGGAGUGGGUGGACUGGGAGCAGAUUGAACGUGGACAGAAAUUCUUCUACCGCUAUGCUGCGGCGAAUAUGGUGGGCUUUUUGCUACAGGCUUUCUUUGGAGAGAACUCUGCGGCGCCGGGUGUUAUUGAGGUCCUGAUGCGAACAGGGGGCUUCUCGCCAAAGGUGCUGGUCCGUCGACUGCUGGAAACGUUUCAGCAUCUUUUGCAAGUUACGUCGAGUCUUGAGUCGAUUCAACCGAGAGGUCAAGGCCACACAACGACGAUUCGAGUUCGUCUGCUUCAUUCUGCGGUGAGGGAGCGAAUACUCAGACUGGUGGAGACUCGACCCGACUAUUUCGAUGUGGCCACGUACGGAGUGCCUGUGAAUAUUCUGGACUCGAUACAUAGCAUCACGACGUAUUCGUGUAAUCCGAUGUGGUUUCAGCUGCCGCAGAUGGGCGUGUUUCCAACGGAGCAAGAAAAAGAAGACUAUAUCGCCCUAUUUCGUUACGUUGGCUAUCUUUUGGCGACUCCCACCGAGUAUUUUGCGAGCGUGGCUCAGGCCAAAGCCACCAUGGAGAGCCUGUUGCUUCACGAACGGAGCGUCACUGCGAACUCGCUGAUUAUCGGGCACAAUCUCAUGGAGACGGUGAAAGACAUGGCUCCGUUUCACAUAUCCGAGGGCUUCAUCGAAGCUGGGAGUCGCGUCCUCAACGGCGAUGCCCUGAGCGAUUCUCUAGGUCUUGGGAGGCCUGGGAUGCUGGCGUAUGCGUGUUGGAAGGGUCAUUGCUGGUUUGUGCGAGUGCUGGCCCUGGCGCAGAAAUGGAUCCCGGGUGCUGAUGAGGCUGUGGUGCGAUAUUUCAGAAUGACGCUGUAUGAUGCUAUUGUGAAUAGUAGGAAGGGGCUUGGAGGGAGGUUAUCGAAGAUGGAUUUCAAGUAUGUGCCGGAGAUGGAUAAGAUGACUAAGAGGGAGGGGAGUGGACGAGGGUUGUUUGUGGGUUCGUUUGUUGAGAGGCCGGUUGAGACGUUUUAUCUUGCGGUGUUUGUGGUAGGAAGUGUGUUUUGGCUGGGGAUUGCAUCGGUGAUGAUUUUGGGAUUAUUGAGGAUGUUGAAACUGGGUUUGAUGUAG